GACCCUAUCCCACCCCUACUUCCCUCAAUCCUGGAACCCUUUCACCGUUGAGAAAGGGCGAAAGUCACAGAUAACCACAAUCCAUGGCCGCAUCAUCUUCCUUCUGCUUCCUGAGGCUGUCUCCUUUCUCUCCGCUUCCAUUCCGCUUCGCCAAUGGCUUCCGCCUCUCACAGUCUACUCCCGCCAUCUCCCUUCAGCGCAGGCUCAGCUCCUUCGCCGCCGUUUCCGGUUCCCCUCUUCUACUCCAAGCAGGGCCCUUUCCGGCGACUUACGCUUCCUCAUCCGGUAGGCCUGAAGCCUUCGCCGUCUUCGCCGCCAAGGGCUAUAAGAUGAAGACCCACAAGGCUUCGGCGAAGAGAUUUCGGGUGACUGGAAGAGGGAAGAUUGUGAGGAGAGGGGCCGGGAAGCAGCACUUGCUGCGGAAGAAGAACACCAAGAGGAAGCUUCGACUUUCCAAAAUGCAUCCAGUUAACAGAAGCGACUACGACAAUGUGAUCGGUGCGCUGCCAUACCUCAAAGUGAACCGAAAGGCAACUUGAGUUUGUUCCUUUCCUGUACCUUUUGCUCUAUUUUGUCGAUCAUCCAUGCUUUAUGCUCAUGCACAAUUGAACUUGAGCUGCUCAUUGAUCAUUUCAAAAGUUUAAUCAUGUUAAAACUGUAUUGUAGAGUAAUUUAUAAUCAAUCUCAUGCAAUUUCUCAUGUUAUCAAA